AUGUCAGUACCGAUUUUUUCCGACCAGGUUGUUGAGGAGCGAGGCGAGAAUGCCCGACUGUCUGCCUUUGUGGGCGCCAUUGCCGUUGGCGAUCUAGUCAAGACCACUCUGGGCCCCAAGGGCAUGGACAAGCUGCUCCAGUCUGCCAGCAGCGGCAACUCGCUGGUGACCAACGAUGGAGCCACGAUUCUGCAGCAGAUUCCCUUUGACAACCCCGCCGCCAAGGUUCUUGUGAACAUCUCCAAGGUCCAGGACGAUGAGGUUGGAGACGGCACCACUUCAGUGACCGUUCUUGCUGCCGAGCUGCUGCGAGAGGCCGAGAAACUGGUUGAUCUCAAGAUCCACCCCCAGGUUAUCAUUGAGGGAUUCCGAAUUGCCACCAAGGCUGCUCUUUCUGCUCUGGAGAAGAGCGCUGUCAACAACGGCGCCAACCCCGAGCUGUUCCGAAAGGACCUCGAGGCCAUUGCCCGAACCACUCUUUCGUCCAAGGUGCUUUCUGGCGACAAGGACUAUUUUGCCAAGCUUGCGGUGGACGCUGUUCUGCGGCUCAAGGGCUCCACCAACCUCGAACACAUCCAGAUCAUCAAGAAGUUUGGCGGCCAGCUGCACGAGAGUUAUCUGGACGAGGGUUUCAUUCUCAACAAGCGAUUCGGCACUAACCAGCCGUCGAAAAUCACCAACUGCAAAAUCAUGAUCGCCAACACACCCAUGGACACAGACAAGGUCAAGGUGUUUGGCGCCAAGUUCAAGGUGGACAGCACACAGAAGCUGGCCGAGCUGGAGAAGGCCGAGAAGGACAAGAUGCGCGCCAAGGUGGAGAAGAUCAAGAACCACGGUAUCACGUGUUUUGUCAACCGACAGCUCAUCUACAACUAUCCCGAGGCUCUGUUCACCGAGGCCAAGGUCAACUCCAUUGAGCAUGCCGACUUUGAGGGCGUUGAGCGACUGGCUCUGGUCACUGGCGGUGAGGUGGUUUCCUCCUUUGAGCACCCCGAACUUGUCAAGCUCGGCUACUGCGAUUCCAUCGAGGAGGUAACUGUGGGAGAAGAUAUCAUGACCAAGUUCUCUGGUGUUGCUGCCGGAGAAGCCUGCACCGUGGUUCUGAGAGGAGCAACCAACCAGAUUCUCGACGAGGCUGAGCGAUCGCUCCAUGACGCUCUUGCUGUGCUUUCUCAGACCACUGCCGAGACCAGAACCACUUUGGGAGGCGGCUGUGCCGAGAUGGUCAUGUCCCAGGCUGUGGAGCGAGCUGCCCAGAGCGUCGACGGUAAGCAGUCGCUUGCCAUCGAGGCGUUUGCCCGAGCUCUGCGUCAACUUCCUACCAUUCUGGCUGACAAUGCCGGAUUCGACUCGUCCGAGCUCGUGUCUAAACUCAAGUCUGCUAUCUACAACGGCCUGCACACCUCCGGCCUGGAUCUCAACAACGGCGUUGUCGCCGAUAUGCGGGAUCUCGGCAUUGUGGAGUCGUACAAGCUCAAGCGAGCGGUGGUCUCGUCUGCCGCUGAGGCUGCCGAGCUGCUGUUGCGGGUGGAUAACAUUAUCAGAGCAAAGCCUCGAACUGCAGAUAGACGUCAUUAA